AUGAAAUCUUGUGUCUUGCUACAGGAUUUGGCAGCAAAGCUGACGAUUGAAGGGAAAUGGUCCGCUGCCACGGAUGCCAGAAACAGAGUACUGACUCGACUCAAGAAAGACACCGGCUUGGCCACACUCUUAAACAUCAAGAAGAAGCACAAGUACGCCACAUCAAUGCUUAAGAAAUUUCUCAACAAAGACGAGGUCAAAUCAGUGUUGGGAGUCGGAAAGACGACGGCUUGGGUUAGAUGCAACAAACUGGUGAAAAAUGCUCUGCAUGAGGAUGUGAUGAAGAGUGUUAAGACGAUGGUGGAGGAUGUGGUGAGGAAGACGAGGGUACUACUUUAUGAAGGAGCUUUGGAUUUGAAGGAUGGCGUGCUGUCAGUGGAGGCUUGGGUGAGGGAGAUGGAGUGGGAGGGAACUCCGAGGUUCUUAGAGGCGACGAGAGAGGAGUGGAGAGUAGAAGGGGAGGUUGCGGGGACUGUGCAGAGCUGGGGGAACUUGACGCAUGUCGUGGUUUUGGGCGCCGGACAUUUGGCUGCGGCAGACCGGCGGAUGAAUACGCAGGCUAUGAUUGAAGGCUGGGUUUUGCAGAGUGGAAGUUUUUUCGGGAAAUAA